AUGAAGCCGAUAAACAGUGAAACUAACAACAAUAGUAACAACUGGUUGGGGUUUUCUCUCUCUGCUCCGACCACUAUGGACGGCGGCGGCGGCUCAGCCGAUCACCACCAGGCCCCUAACUGCUCCGACGCCGUCUCUAACGCCGUCCCUCUGAACUACCCUGCCGGGUUUACAUACCCACAGGGAAUCUACUACGGCGUCGACGGCGAGAAUGCGGCCGCAUUCUACUCCAAUCUGACCGUCAUGCCCCUCAAAUCCGACGGCUCCCUCUGCUUGAUGGAAGCCAUCAACAGAUCACAGCCUCAGGGGGUAAUAGUAACCUCGGCGACACCGAAGCUGGAGGAUUUCUUCGGUGGGGCCCACGGCCAGUACGAGGUCUGCGACCGGGCCAUGGCCCUCAGCCUCGACAGCAUGUACUACCACCACCACAACCAGGUCGCCGCCGACUACCCCAACUUUCCGGCGAUGUACCACCACCAGCCGGCGGACGAGGCGCCGCCCAAGGAUCGCGGAGGCCUCCACCCGCCGCCGGAGGUGAAGGGCUGGGCUGCCGGGAACUACCAGAGCGGCGGCGUGCUGGAGCAGAAGGGCUGCGCGGAUGAUGUCGGCGGCGGGGGAGAUAACGGGGCGGUUGGCGGGUAUGGUGACCUGCAGUCGCUGAGCCUGUCGAUGAGCCCCGGUUCGCAGUCGAGCUGCGUGACCGGUUCGCAGAGCCACGUGGUCCAGCCGGCGGUUGUUGACUGCAUGGGGCUGGAGAACAAGAAGAGGGGACCGGAGAAGGUUGACCAGAAACAGAUUGUUCACCGCAAGUCCAUCGACACUUUCGGCCAGAGGACCUCUCAGUAUAGAGGUGUUACCAGCAGGCACAGGUGGACAGGGAGAUACGAGGCACAUCUAUGGGACAACAGUUGCAAGAAAGAAGGUCAAAGCAGAAAGGGAAGGCAAGGGGGUUAUGACAUGGAGGAAAAGGCUGCAAGGGCUUACGACUGUGCAGCGCUCAAAUACUGGGGACCUUCCACUCAUAUUAAUUUUCCGCUCGAUAAUUAUCAACAAGAACUCGAAGAUAUGAAGAACAUGAGCAGACAAGAAUAUGUUGCUCAUCUCAGAAGGAAGAGCAGUGGUUUCUCUAGGGGAGCUUCGAUUUACAGAGGAGUCACAAGCAGACAUCAUCAACAUGGCCGUUGGCAAGCCCGUAUUGGCCGUGUGGCCGGAAACAAGGAUCUUUACCUCGGCACAUUCAGUACUCAAGAGGAAGCAGCCGAGGCCUACGACGUAGCAGCCAUCAAAUUCAGAGGGUCAAAUGCUGUUACCAACUUUGACAUAUCACGUUAUGACGUGGAGCGCAUCAUGGAGAGUAACGGGCUCCUCUCGGGCGAGAUGGCCCGCCGGACUAAGGGCGUAAUCGUCCCGUGCGGCGAGAACAAUUCGCUCGGCAACAAUUUCCCUAACAUGGAACAAAUGAAGGAUGUCCCCAACUCGACGGACUGGACUAUGGCCCUCUACGGCUCGGCCCAUGAGAAACAGGGCCGGGGGGCUGAGGAUUUCGACAAGGCCCACCAGGGCUUCCAGGGGAACUUCGGUCUCGAGGUGUUCGGGCCGGGCCAGCAGGAGAUGUGUGGGCCCGGGAAGAUGACGGGCCACGUGUCGACCAACUCUUCGCUUGUGACCAGCCUGAGCAGCUCGAGGGAGGGAAGCCCGGAUAGGAAUAAUGUUGGGGGCCCAGUCCAGAUGCAGUUUGGGCUGCCGGGCCCGCUCGCGUCGAAAUUCUUCCCGUGCCCGUCGGGCAGCGAGGCGGGGCCCAAUUGGAUCCCGUCGGGCCACGUGAGGCCUCAGGUGCCUCUGUUUUCUGCAUGGACCGACUCGUGA